CGCUUUAAUUCUUUUUUUUUCUUCUUUUCUAUUCUUACAAACAUGAGCGAUUACUCUUCAAGCUACAACAGUUUUGGUGGUGGUGACAUUAGCAACAAAAAGCAAGAAGUAAUGGAUCAAGUUCGUUCUGAACUUGCUUUAGCUAAUGCUCAAGAACUCAUCAACAAAAUCAAUGAAAAGUGCUACUUGAAGUGUGUCCCCAAGCCUGGACCUCGUCUUGAAUCUGGUGAACAAGCCUGUCUUUCAAAGUGUAUGGAUCGUUAUAUGGAAGCAUGGAACGUCGUCUCUCGCGCUUACAUCUCUAGACUUCAACGCGAACAACAAGGCGGAAGCUUGUAAUUUGAUGUUUUUUAUGUACAUAAAAAAAUUUUUUUUUCUCCCUC